CCCACUUGGCGAAUCGGCAAUGGAGCAGCUCUGGGCGUGGGUCGUCUCCUACGCACCGGCGACGGACGCGCGCCUGAGCGACUGCGUCAGCGCCGUCCUGAUGGAGGCCUACCCGACGGAGCUCGAUGCGAUCCGCGCCAAGGAAGACAGCGUCGUCGAGUGGCGAGGCCCGGCCGUGCUCCUCAACACGCACGCCAAGGAGCUCCAGAUGAAGUCGUACCUGAGCUGGGACCACCUGCCUAGCUUCACGCUCGCCAUGAAGCCGACCGAGUGCACGCCUGCGGCGGCGAAGGAGCUCCGCGCGCUGCUCGAGGCACUCUGCAUCGCUGCCUUCCACAGCGUCCAAAAGGCCACCUUCGUACAGGACAUCAUCAACAUGGCAUCCGACGUCCAGGAGGCAGUGUGCGAGGUCCUCUCGCAGGUUUCGCUGUCCGUAUCCGAGCCCGAUGCGCCGCCAUCCCCGCGCCCGACAACCACGAUGGCCCACGGCGCCCAAGAGACGUCGCCGCUUGGCAGCCAGGGGGACGACCGCACGUCGUCGAGCACCCGCAGCGAGAUGCACCGGCUCGCGCGAGAGAACGCAAUGCUCAAGGAAGAAGUCACGACGCUCUUGCAAGACGCCGAGGACCGAAAGGCGACGGCCGCCCGCCUUGAAGCCGACGACGCCAAGCGCCAAGCCGACUAUGAGACGGCGCGGCUCCAGAUGGACGUGGAUAUGGCCAAGCACGAGCGUGCGCUCAAGGAACAGUACCGCGAUCUCAUCAAGCAGUUGCAAAACGACGUGGCCAUCGCGCAGCAGAAGAGCCAUACGCUGAUCCACGUCGAGACGGACUUGGCCGCGCUCAAGGACGAAAUGGAUGUUGUCCGCGCGACGGCCGCCAAGGCCACGAAGCUCGAGGCGCGGCUCGAAAAGUACAAGCUCAAGAUCGACGAGCUUCCGCGUCUCAAGGAGUGCAACAAGCGCUUGGAAGAGAAGAACGCCGAGCUCUCCGACAAGGUACUGGCGCAAGAAACGCAGUUGUCGCGUCUCCACUCCGUCCACCGCAAGCUCGAAGAGGCCAAAGACGCCAUGGCCACCAUGGCGGUGCGCAUGAGCGAGAUGGAAGCAACCAUGGCCCGGCGCGAGCACGAGCGCUUAGAGCUACGCGCCGACCUCGACGCUGCCCGGCUCGAAGCCCAGCGCCAGCAAAGCCUCCGCGACGACCUGCAAGCGACGUUGGCGCAGCUGCAAGACGGGCAGCCCGUCGCAAUCAGCGGCGAGCGACUCGAACUCGACCAUGGCAUGCUCGAAAAGAUGGACGCGCUCCAGCACGAGAACUCCCGCCUCAAGAAACAGCUCAGCGCCGAGGCCGCCGACCGAGUCGAGUCGCUCCUCGAAGAGCUCGAUGCGCUCACGCGAGUGAAAAGGUCGUUUGAAACCAAGUACUUUGCGACCCAAGAUGCGCUCGAGGUCAUGGCCGCGCAGUGCACCGACCAAGAGAAAACGAUCGAGUCGCUUCGUCUCACCCACGCCGACCUCGAAGCGCAGUGCGAGACGCUCCAGGACAAGCUCAAUACGACAACAACUGCCUUGGCGACGCUGGCAGAGACGCACGAACGCAGCGUGGAUGACGCCGCUCAGCAGUACGCGCGUCUCGAGACCGAGGCUGCAGCCCACGUCGCUGCCCGUGACGCUCAGAUCCAAAAUCUCGUCGCGGUGGGGUCGGCCAAGGACGCCGACAUGACUGUGCUCCGCGCCGCCGUCGCCUCGCUCACGGCCAGCUUGACCAGCCAGACGGAUGCUUGCACGGCGCUUGACGAGAUGCAUGCGGCGCUGCAAGCCUCUGCGCACACGCUCGAUACGACACUUCGCGCGACAGAAGCGACAUUGGCAGCAAACGUCAACGAGCUGGAGAAAGCGUACGCCGAUCAUCAGCGCGACGCCGUUGCCGCCGAGACUGAGAAGGCCAGCUUACGCAGUGAGUUUGAGGUCCAACGCGAGAUGCUCGAGUCCAAGGUGUCGAUCCUCCAGCACGUCAACCACGACAUGCAGCACGAACUCGAGGCGCAGCGCGCGCAAAACGCCGAGCUCAAAUCGCAGGCAGAGCGCUUGUUGGAAGCUACGGCGAUGCUCACCGAAGACGUGGACGGAACGCGGUGGCAGCUCGACGCGGCGCGACACGACACGCGCUGCAUGGAGGCAGCUAACGCGUCCUUGGCGCUGGCGAUUGCGCGACUCCAAACAGCCCACGAUAACAUGGCGAACGAGUGGGCCAAGGACCAAGCGGUUCAGAUGGAGCUGCACUGCGAGGUCGCUGCCAAGACUGAGACGUGCGCACAGCUCACAGCCGACAUUGAUGCCCUUCGGGCCGACAUGAAGACGCAGCAAACUGCCCAUGACGUACUCGUGGAUCGUAAUGCGGAGCUGGAAGCUCAAGUGACCGAGAAGGCCGCGGUCGACGCACGCGCUGUGACGCUCGAGACCGCGCUCGAGGCCAAGACGACGGCGCUUGCAGAGACCGCGGGCCGCCUCAGCGCUGCCGAAGCGCAGCUCACAAAGCUACGGACAAUGGAGCAAGCCGGGAGGAAGUACGUGCACGACCUCGAGACCCACCACGCCGCCGCGUUGGCAGCAAAAGGUCGCGAGCUUGAGUUUGCCGAGGCUCGGUUUGCCCGCAUGGAAGCGCGCAGUCGGGCGGCCGAGCGCGAACGGAUGCAGCACCACGGCAUCGCCGACGCGCGCGACCCCGAGACCGACAAGCAGCUCAAGCUCAUGAACGAUGAGCUCGAGUUGCUCAAGGCCGAGUUCAAGAAGCUGCAGACGAGCUAUGUCGCGCUCCAGACACAACUGCGCGACUGUUCGUGCCGACGUACGGCGGCGAUCGCCGUGUUGGGACAGCAAGAAGGGCUGCGCCGACUCCAGCUCUUGUAUGAGGAAGAAGGCAACAAGCUGCGGGAGCUGCUCUUGAUCAAGACCCAACUCGUCCAAGACAACCACCAACUCCGGUGCAGCAGCAGCACGAUGGCGCAGGAGCUCAAGCUCUUGAAGGAGAAGAACAGCAGCCUUCAACUCCGCGAAGCACGACGAGAGAGAGAGUCGACCGAGUCGGUACUCGGAAGGAAGCGGCCGAUCGACGCCGUCUCGCCGCCGUCGCUCGGUCGACCGAACCCGACGAUCGCUGCUCAAGCGACAGCCCGUCCGCGCUCGGCGCUGCUGUCGGCGGCGAGCACAACACCAUCCGUCGUCGAGUCGGAACCGACCUGCAAACAGCAAUAAUUUGUUUCAGGAUAUGUCCAUCGCGAAUAGAAUCGAGUGUAGAGUAUAAAUUCUGGUUGUAUACUAGCUGGCUCCGAG